CACCUUCGACCUGGAGCUGGGCCAGGCGCUGGAGGUGAGCGGGCGCGGGCGGGCCGCCGCUCCUCUCUCCGGCUCCUCUACUUCCUGCCCUCUCAGGUCCGUCCCAUCCCCGUUCACUCCCUGCCCGCACUCCCGCCUCGCCCUUUGAACACGCUGUACCUCGGACCGACCUCUGACCCCUUCCACAACUCCCUGCGACGAACCUGGUGCCACCUCCUCCUCCUCAUGCCUGUCACCCGUUCCUCAGGGCUCCUGGAGCGCUGCCCAGACAGUUGGUGUACCCAAGUGAUUUCCGGCUCACGGACAAGGAGAAAAGCAGCAUUUGCUACCUGUCCUUUCCUGACUCCCACUCAGUGGCAGUGGAGUCUCCUACCCUGACCUUCAGGGCACUGCUGCCCCUCCUCAGGCUGCCUCGGGGACACUCAGUUCAGUUUCCGUAUGCGUCAGUGUGGUGGGCACAGGAGCCCCUGGCACACUGAUGAUCAACCCUACAACAGCAAGGCCCCCGUGGCACUGCAGAGGGAGCCAGCACACUACCUUGGCUACGUGUAUUUCCGGCAGGUGAAGGACAGCUCUGUGAAGAGGGGCUACUUCCAGAAGUCCCUGGUGCUGCUGUCCCGCCUGCCCUUUGUCCGGCUGUUCCAGUCAUUGCUGAGCCUGAUGGCCCCAGAGUACUUUGACAAGCUGGCACCCUGUCUGGAAGCUGUUUGUAAUGAGAUUGACCAGUGGCCAGCCCCUGUGCCUGGGAAGACCUUGAACCUACCUGUCAUGGGCAUCAUCAUCCAGGUGUGCAUCCCAUCCAGGGUGGACAAGCCAGAAUCCAGUCCUCCGAAACAGUGUGACCAAGAGAACCUGCUGCCAGCCCCCGUGGUCCUCUCGAGCGUCCAUGAACUGGACCUAUUCAGGUGCUUCCAGCCUGUGCUGACCCAUGUGCAGACGCUGUGGGAGCUCAUGCUUCUUGGGGAGCCCCUGGUAGUUCUGGCACCCUCACCUGAUAUGUCCUCGGAGAUGGUGCUGGCCCUGACCAGCUGCCUGCAGCCCCUCAAGUUCUGCUGUGACUUCCGCCCCUACUUUACUAUCCACGAUAGUGAAUUUAAGGAGCUUACCACAAGAACCCAGGCCCCACCUAACGUGGUCCUGGGAGUCACAAAUCCUUUCUUUAUCAAAACACUCCAGCAUUGGCCCCAUAUCCUCCGAAUUGGGGAGCCCAAGAUGUCAGGGGAUCUUCCUAAGCAGAUCAAGUUGAAAAAGCCCUCGAGGCUGAAGACCCUCGACACCAAGCCAGGCCUCUACACCUCCUACACAGCCCACCUCCACCGGGACAAGGCACUACUCAAACGACUGCUCAAGGGUGUGCAGAAGCAGCGGCCAUGGGAUGUGCAGAGUGCUCUGCUGAGGCGGCAUCUCCUGGAGCUCACGCAGAGCUUCAUCAUCCCCCUGGAACAGUACAUGGCCAGCCUUAUGCCGCUGCAGAAAAGCAUCACACCCUGGAAGACCCCUCCCCAGAUCCGUCCCUUCCGCCAGGAUGACUUCCUGCACAGUCUAGAGCAUGCGGGGCCUCAGCUCACCUGCAUCCUCAAGGGCGACUGGCUGGGCCUCUACAGGCGGUUUUUCAAGUCACCACACUUUGAUGGUUGGUACCGGCAGCGGCACAAAGAGAUGGCUCAGAAGCUGGAAGCCCUGCACCUGGAGGCUAUCUGUGAAGCGAAUAUUGAGACCUGGAUGAAGGACAAGUCAGAGGUGGAGGUGGUGGACCUGGUGUUGAAACUCCGGGAGAAGCUGGUGCGGGCACAGGGCCACCAGCUCCCUGUGAAGGAAGUGACACUGCAGCGGGCACAGCUGUACACUGAGAUGAUCAUCGGCUCCCUGCCGAAGGACCUCCAGGCUGUCCUGUGCCCUCCCUAGGAUGGGCCAAGGUGUGCGGUCCCCAGGCCUGGUCUGCCAAGCCUCCCCCUGUGGGGCCCUCUGCCUAGUGCCUGCUCCCAGCUUGGCCCCCUGCCCGGGCUGCGUCCCUCUCCUUGUGCUGCCUUUGUCCCAGCAGUAAAUGCAACGUUUGGAACCACAGCCUGGUCCCUGACUGUGGGGGAUUAUGUGCUAGCAAAGCUCUUCUCUCCAGCCCCGCUUGCCCUCCUUGGCUUUAGGGGGUGUUUAGGGGAGUUGGAAGGGCUAGAGCCCUGGCUGAUUUGGGCACAUCUACCACCCACCCUCCUCUUGCCCAUCUGCCCACACCCCACGUGGUGUUUGAUGUGUCCUUCAGCCCAGCAGGCCUCCAGGAUGGAGGGAGGCAGCUGGCAGGGCCCCUUGCCACCUGCCCAUCCUGCCCUGUGGAAACAGGAGGGGCACCUUGCCCGUGUCAGCCAUCGUGGAGGGAGAGGCCACUCUGGUGUUCAUCCCCUGCCUGCUUGGGACUGUUCAGGAGAGAGUAGCAGUGAUGUGGAGGCCCUGCUGGGACAGCAGGCCCAUAAUGGCCCUUGGGAUCCAUAGCACGGUCCCAGCCUCUCUGCUGGAACUCCACACAUCCCACACUCACCCAUGGGGCCCUGAGGGUUCUGGAUUGGCCUGACUCUGCUACCCAGCUCCCAAAACCCUGGUUCAGAUGACCUUGGCAGGGCCCUGAGGUGCCACCUCUGGGUCCUACACUGGAGCCUGGGCCGAGCAAGGUAGUGCUGUGGCCACAGACAGUGAUGCUGGCAGGGCAGUGGGAGAUGUACACUGAGGGGUAAACCAGAGCUGCAGCUGAGCCCCAGAUGAACGUUACUGGCUGGGAACUGCUGGGUGGGUCUCCUGACCAUGCAGACUCUUGGGCUCCUUGUCUGAUCUUCCAGGUUGCAUAGAUGCCUACAAGGCUGCUGUUGGGCUAUGUGCAGCUGGCUCAGUGCCCUGUGAUGCCUGAAGGGGGCGCCAGUGGAGGAACUUUGGCUAACUGUACAUUAGUGAGUCGGGGUUGAUCACUUGCACAGCAGGUGCAGACUGCUGUUCCUAGUGUCAGCGCACUCUCAGAACAUGGUCCACCCUGACCAUGGCCCAGGACAGCCUAGUACAGAACCUACCCACAGUGCAGAUGCAAAAUGUGCAGCGGCAGAAGGGAGGGAGGUGGACAUGUCCAGUGCAGGUCCCUGAAGUGGCUGCCCUUACACAGCAGGUAGAUGUGGGCGCUGUGGAGACCCAGAGUGAGGCAGGGUGGCACAGCACCCAGGGCAGUGCUAGGCACUGAGGCACCAAGCAUAGAGGUGCCAGCCUCCCCAUCGAGGGCCUGGCCUCAAUGGCAAUGUUGUGGGAAUGCUGCCACCUUCCUGGGUGACAAGAUGGGCACAGGGGAUAAUGGAGGCCCUGAUGUCUGGGGCCCCAUCAGAACCAUGGCUUAAGCGCCAUCCUGAAAUGGCAGUGCUAGGCCUGUGCCCCCUGACCCCAGGGUCAGGAUUGAGACCUCAUCUAGAGGGACAUACCCCCAGUGUCCCUGCAGCAGGUGCUUCUCAUACCUGAGGACCUACUUGCUUGGCCAGAGGCCUCAGCCACCAUCACCCCAGGGGCAUCCGGCCAGAUCCCCUGGGCCCCUACAUCCUGGCAGCCAGUGCUCCUUGAGACCACUGCAGGAAGGUGGUCAAGAGGACACCUGGGGCUCACCCAGGACACAGUCCAGGCUGAGGCACAUAGGAAUGGGAGUGCCAUGGCCACUGGGAGGGCUGAGCUUGGGCCUCUCCCAGCCCCUGGGUCAGGUCAGCUGGAAGGUCGAUCAGCCUGUUUCAGACAGGGUCUUGGUGCUGUCUGUCCCCCCAUAAGGCCAAGGGCACGAUGUGGGGGAAGGAAGGGCCAGAUGACUCCAAGGAAGCAAGACCCUUCCAGAGGCUCCCACAGAUCCUGGUUGGAUAGAAACUAGUGGUCCUCAAAGGUGAAGGGCUGUUGUGGUCAAUGAGGUCAGUGGGUGGCAGGGCUUUCUCAGGACGGGCAGGAAGGGACAACUCCACACCAGUCUAUUUUAGGGAGCCCUCAGAAUGAAAUCAUGGCCUUCCCACAUCUUUAGUAUUAAAAUGUUCUUUUGU